CAUGUCACCGCGCCCAUUUUGAAUGCGUAGUAGGAUUGAAUUAUUGAACUCGGACUUGUCAGCAUCACGGGCCUGAAGAGAUGACCGACCUCACGUUUUGCUACAUUCACAUGACUGAGCAUGAUCUGAAAGUGCUCGACACCAUUGACAGUCCAGAAUAUAUCUCUGGAGAGUUAUCAGAUGACGAUCUUGACAUACCAGCCCAUAUGAUUCCACCGAAUCCAGAUGAUUCUGACAUACUGCCUUCUCAGGUGCACCCGUCGUAUCCCUACGGGAAUCCAACAAAUAUCAAGCAUCCAGCUGCAAGACCAAGACCGCCAUAUGACCCAACUUCUCGGGCGCUAUUUGAAGAUAUGGGCUAUGGUGGGGGUGGCGUGAAUGGCGCAUUACGCUGGAGAGACCUUGCUUUGGACCGAUUAUUGCCCGUCAAUGAUGAGAAAGAAGAAAUGAAGAGAGCAGCUGAGGCAAGAAAGAUGGCCAAUGGUGCCACAAGCCAACCACAACAGCAGCAACAGCAACCGCCACCUCAGCCAGGAGCUGGUGAUCAGACUAUUGACGAAGAGGACGAAGAAGAAGAGGAGGACAGUACAGAGCAUGAUGAGAACGAUGUUGAUGAAGACAAUGUAGACGAGGACAAUGACGAGGACGAAGAGGAUAUGUAACUAUGUAGAUACACUUCUCAACUUCUAAGACUCAUCGCAGCGACGAGCGCAUCGCCUGCAUCACCCAAUAACAGAUUUUUGGCAUCCCCUUCUUGCUCAAUGACCCACUCAUAGGCUUCCAGUAAAAGUGUAUCUGUUAAAGGAACGAAAUGGUCCGCGAAAACACGGAUGAUGUUACUGACGCGUGAGAUUGCAGCGCGAGUAGCAUUGUCGAUGUCCUUAAAUCGAGUGAGCGUCUACUAUGCUCCGCGUUGAU